AUGGGUCAAAAUCACUCCAAAUCAUCCUCGCGAACUGCCACCGUCAACUCGCUCGACUCAAUAUCAAAGCCAAAGGCGUUGGCAGCAACAGCCGGUUACAAUGAUUAUUCCAAGGACUCCCCCGACAGCACUGGUUCAAGUUCCGUUCACAGACGAGCGACUGCACAUGCCUCCAACUCUCAUUCAUUGCUAAGUCUCCCUGGAUCAAAUUCAGCUGCACAUAGACGAAGCAAAUCUGCUGUGGUACAACCUGCACACAAUCGUGAAUCCGCGCCACCUCCAUAUGCUAUCGCUGUGGCGAGCACCGAAGGCAGCUCUAUUUCGGAUUCCCUCACUGUCCCUCAGCUUAGCGAACAUGCCUCUCGGAGAAACAGCUGGGGAAGUAGUACGCCCGGCUCUCAGCCACCUAAUGCGCAAUCUCAUCGCCAUUCCCAUGUCAUUCCGGCCGGGGUGCCACCAAUUGCGUCUAGUGCAGAGCGGGUGGAGGCGCUGCGGAGGCCGAUGCGGCAGAACAGCGUCGAGAAUGCGCUUGACACGCUAAGAAAAUACAAUACGGUAAUUAUUGUCGAUGACUCUGGGUCAAUGCAGGGUGAAAGAUGGCGGGAGGCCCGAGAUGCACUUGCUCCAUUGGCAGAUAUUGCGUCAAAAUAUGACGCCGAUGGCGUCGACGUAUGCUUUUUGAACGACAAGCAUAGUUCUGAAACUGUGAGGCGUAUAUUUGAUCACGUUCGACCUAGGGGCAUCACGCCCAUCGGCGAGAAGCUCGAGGAACUAUUACUGUUCUACCUUGACAGCCUCGAGUAUGCCAAGAGCAAAUACGAUGCCGGCGAUCUCAAAGCGAUGAAGUCGAUCAGACCAGUGAAUUAUAUUGUUAUCACCGACGGUGCUCCAACCGAUGACCCUGAGGCUGUCAUUGUUGCUGCCGCAAGGCGUCUUGAUAAACACAACUUUCCUUUGAACCAGGUGGGAAUUCAAUUUGUUCAGAUAGGUGACAGUCCCGACGCAACGGCGUUUCUGCAUGAGCUAGACGACUGUUUGAGCCAGACGUAUGGCAUUCGCGACAUCGUGGACACCACGCCGUAUCUAGGAGGGCAAUUAAGUGCCGAUAUGAUAAUCAAAAUUCUGCUCGGGGGGAUAAACAGACGAGUGGAUCGGAGAGGUGCCGAAAGUGUUUUAUGA